CAGUUGCAUAUUACACAGAUAUUAGCUUAAUGGACUGCACAGUUUUAGUCCUCAAAGGUUCAUCUUCAAGUCUCUCUGCUGUUCUCCAGCCUCCUGUAUCAGAUCCUGUUGAACUGGGAGGAGAUACAACUUUGCAGUGUUCAAUACUCACAGAUACGUCUGCAGGAGAACACAGUGUGUACUGGUUCAGACAUGGAUCAGGAGAAUCUCAUCCAGGAAUCAUUUACACUCAUGGAAACAGGAGUGAUGAGUGUAAGAAAAGCUCUGAGACUGAUUCUCCUACACAGAGCUGUGUCUACAAACUCCGCAAGAGAAACCUCAGCCUCUCUGAUGCUGGAACUUACUACUGUGCUGUGCUCACGUGUGGAGAGGUCAUCUUCGGGAACGGAACUAAACUGGACUUCAUAGAAAAAGGUGCUUUGGACCCAACUAUUGUCAUGUUAGUGGUGUCAAACAUCAUCUCUCUGAGUGUGGCUUUAUUUGUGUGCAGAAAACACAGCAGUCAUCAUAAAGAUGCUGCUGAACGUCACACAGUUCAUGCAUAUCAGGCUGCAUGUGAUGAAGCUUCAUACUUUGCAGCAGAGAAUUUCAGCAAUGAAAAACAGCAGAAGACUGAAGAUGUGAACUCAAAGGUCAUUUAUUACCAACAAAAAUGA